AUGAAACAUCUUGUACAGCCUGAUUAGGGUGGUUGUUCCCAGGUACUUGAAUGCGAUACUCUAAACAAAAAGUCCUCGGUAACCAAGAUAACCAACUAUCUGUUCCAAAGCAGUGUAAAUUGUCACUUAACAAGUACAGAAUGAAACAUGGAGUCCAGCAUAUCCCCUAGUGCAUUGAAGUCGAACUUUUCUAAGAUGUUGCUGCUAGUUUUCCUUGCUUUGUUGAGUAUGCUGGAGACCAAUGCACGGGCUGCUGAAGAUGUAACGUGCUCUGAUAUAGGAAACACAGCAACGAGGGAAAACGAAAUGGUUUUAUCCCAUUGAGACCGCGAGGAAAAGUUACCACUGGACCUUGAUGCUCGAGUCUGGACAGUGACACCCGGUGUAACCGUACUAAGCAGUGACACGAUACCCAAUGACACUAGAGUUCUUCCUACCAUCGGCAACGGUCACAUAGCCACGGUAGUCAAAACAGACACGCUCUGUAUGAACGGUCUAUACAAUGGGUACGCCAUAAAAACUCACAGGGCUCUUCUACCAGCUAUCCUUGUCAGAAACGUUAGCGUGGACGGCAACGUCACGUCUAAAUAUAGCCUCGAUCUUAAAAAAGGUAUGUUCCUGGAGAGUCAUGUCGGGGAAAGCGUCUCCGUGACGUUGAAGACUUACGCUCACCGCUCCAUCCCUCAACUGAUGGUGACCGAGCUCCUCGUACAGAAUCACCAGGAGGCGCCAAUUAAAGUCAAACUCGGCGGUGAAGCGCCCGUCGCUACUGACGAUCUAGAUAAUACACUUAGUGGGGACCAGUCGUCACCUUUAGGCAAAGACAGAAGAGUUUUCUUUGGAAGAGUUAAAGAGUUCGAAUACUCUUGGAAUGAAACUCGUAACGUUACAAUGGUAUAUUCUCCCAUACCUCCAUACGUCUGUGUUGGACCUAAUCGAAGAUUGGCGAGACUCUUUCUUCUCAGUGUUGAUAGCAAUCCACAAACUACAAACUCCCAGUUCACCAAAGGCGUUGAUCUAUUCUUCAACAAUUCACUGGAGUCCCAGCACAUUCAGUCGUGGCAAACAUUGUGGUCUAACGGGCGAAUGGAAGUAUCAGGGAACGACGAACUAGCUACUUUGAUCUAUUCCUCGUUAUAUUACAUUCUCAGCUCCCUCCCCUUGUCAGAACAUCCAGAUUUUAUUGGUCUCUCUCCUGGAGAUCUUGCCCACGGUUUGAUGUAUAACGGUCAUGUGUUCUGGGAUCAAGAAACCUGGAUGUAUCCGCCCAUUCAACUAUUGCACGGUGAAAUCGGUAAAGCCAUCAUCAAAACAAGAACAAGAACUCUUGACAACGCCAAACAUCAGGCGAUGAUGAGAGGGUACAAUGGAGCCAUGUAUCCCUGGGAAAGCGCAUUCAGUGGAUAUGACGUCACACCAGUUCCUCCUUAUUUCCAAUUUGAAAAGCAUAUAACUGGCGAUAUAGCGUUUGCCGUCAGACAAUACAUAUAUUUGACACGUGACACUGAUUUCUUACUCCAUGAACGAGGGAAUGAAAUGAUAAGGGAUAUAGCCGAUUUCUGGGCGUCACGAGCAGUGUUUAAUAAAAUGACAACAUUAUAUGACAUCAAUGAUGUGAUGCCACCAGACGAAUAUCACCAUCAGGUAAAUAACUCUGUCUACACAAACCUAGUAGCUAAGUUAAGCCUAGAACUCCCGGCGUUUGUGGACGAACUCCUGGGUCAGCCGUCUAAACAACUGUACAAGGAUGUCGCAAACAGCAUGAACAUUCCUUUUGACAAAGGCCAACGGUACCACCCAGAGUAUGACGGAUAUGUUCAAGGAGAAGAGGUGAAACAAGCAGACGUCAUUCUUCUUGGCUUCCCACUCAUGAUGUCCAUGCCAGAAGACGUGCGCAAAAACGACUUGCGCAUUUACGAAAACGCUACACCCGGUGGUCCCGCUAUGACGUGGGGAAUGUUUUCGAUUGGUUAUCUUGAACUUAACAACACAGCAGAUGCUGCACGGCUGUUUAAAAGACAGGAAGGCAAUGUUGCAGCUCCAUACAACGUGUGGACGGAGAACGCUGACGGUACGGGCGCUGUCAAUUUCAUCACGGGGAUGGGAGGGUUCCUGCAGUCCCUGCUGUUUGGUUAUGGCGGCUUCAGACUCCGUCCUGACAGGAUCGACUUCCACGGACGUCUCCCUCCCUCCACCUCCUCCUUCAACAUCACAGGACUAGACUACCUAGGAGGAUCCAUAGAUUUCUAUUUUACCAAAGACACAACCACUGUGAGGCUGACCAAGGCAGCUGAAUUUACACUGACGAUAAAAUACGACGAGAGAACUGUCUCACUAAUACAAAAUGAAAAUCACAUGUUUACAACAAAACGGGCUUCCAUUGUACCAGAACUACCGCCACCUCCCACUCGAACGCCCGCGUCUUCUUCAUCUACCGUAGGAGUCAGAAACUCAACAAACUCUCUCUCAUUUUCGUCAAUUCUACUUAUAAUUAUUGUCUUGUGCAAAACGCUAUAAUUUUUGAGAUUUGGGAUAUUUUUUGAAGUCAGUAGAAGCGAUCUGAAGUAUAUUGGCACUAAGCAAACACAAGAAAAGAUAUUUGCUCGUAUUUGGAAAUGUAACUCAUUUAAAUGCCAUUAUAAGUAUAAACUGAUGGGCUUUAUAAGAAAAAGUUCUGUGUUUGAAUAAAUACGUAUUGUUCUUUAAAGACAGGUAUAAAUAUAAUGUAUAGCCCUGUUAACUGUGAUCAUUUUUUCAAGUACUACACACCAGAAGUGUUAAUACUUGAACAUUACAUAAUUUUAAGGUUGUAUGGGACACUUCUACGUCGUGACGUAAUUCCUAUCGAAAAGACAAUAAAAUCAAGUGAAAAUUCUAAACCGGUUAAAGUAUUUUGAUUGUAACAACUUUUGUCCACAAAUAUUAACCUAGAUAAAAUCAUAUGAGGAUGAUAAAAUAUUUCCCUAGAAAUAAGGUCUCAAAGAAGGAGUCACCUCUUGAUGUGUCAUAAAAAGCGCGUCAUACCAAUUAGGUUUGAUUAAUAAACUUUGUAUAAUGGGAAGAAAAACACAUGCAUACAAAUAUCAGAAAAAUUCAUACACAUUUGUUUUUUUUUAAAUUUGCAACCACUCUUCAUUCCACUCUUGGACUAGUCUAAGUUCACAUUAGUUCACAUUAGUUCGUAGCUUAAUGGAGAUAUAAGAAACCCCGCUAUUAAACCCUUUAUUUCUUUUUGGGGGUAUUUUUGCAUACUUUUUUCACUAUUUCAACAAAGGA